UUUCUUUAGAGCUGGCGGAUCGUCAGAGCUGCCUGGAUACGGUGCGAUGCUUACCCCAGGUUAGAGUUUGUGAGAGUGGAGCAGUGACGCGGAGUUUCAGGAGGAAAUGUUGGCUAUUUGGCCAUGAGAAGCAGCAGAAACUGAUCUCAUCCUGGCAUACAGCACUGUGGAACCCGGCACUUUGGCUGCAUGGCCAGCCAGCCCCCACUGAUGAUGUCAAGCAGUCAUCUGGUCCACUGGAAAACACUGAUCUGAUCUCGGAAGUGGCUGAUUGUGGCAGGAUGUGUCGACGAUGAUGAUGGCAAGAAAGCAAGAUGUCCGCAUUCCCACCUACAACAUCAGCGUGGUGGGAUUAUCUGGGACCGAGAAGGAGAAGGGCCAGUGUGGCAUCGGCAAGUCUUGUCUGUGCAACCGCUUCGUGCGCCCGAGUGCUGAUGAGUUUCACUUGGACCAUACCUCUGUCCUCAGCACCAGUGACUUUGGUGGGCGAGUGGUCAACAACGACCACUUCCUCUACUGGGGGGAAGUUAGCCGCUCCCUGGAGGACUGUGUGGAAUGUAAGAUGCACAUUGUGGAGCAGACUGAGUUUAUCGAUGAUCAGACUUUUCAGCCUCAUCGAAGCACUGCCCUGCAGCCCUAUAUCAAGAGAGCUGCUGCAACCAAGCUUGCCUCAGCUGAAAAACUCAUGUACUUUUGCACUGACCAGCUGGGGCUGGAGCAGGACUUUGAGCAGAAACAAAUGCCAGACGGAAAGCUGCUGAUCGAUGGUUUUCUUCUUGGUAUUGAUGUUAGCCGGGGCAUGAAUAGGAACUUUGAUGACCAGCUCAAGUUUGUCUCCAAUCUCUACAAUCAGCUUGCAAAAACAAAAAAGCCCAUCGUGGUGGUCCUGACUAAAUGUGAUGAGGGUGUCGAGCGGUACAUUAGAGAUGCACAUACUUUUGCCUUAAGCAAAAAGAACCUCCAGGUCGUGGAGACCUCAGCGAGAUCCAAUGUAAACGUGGACUUGGCUUUCAGCACCUUAGUGCAGCUCAUUGAUAAAAGUCGGGGAAAGACGAAAAUCAUUCCUUAUUUUGAGGCCCUCAAGCAGCAGAGUCAGCAGAUAGCUACGGCAAAAGACAAGUAUGAGUGGCUGGUGAGUCGCAUUGUGAAAAACCACAAUGAGAACUGGCCGAGUGUCAACCGAAAGAUGCAGACCUCUCCAGAGUACCAGGACUACGUCUACCUGGAAGGGACUCAGAAAGCCAAGAAGCUGUUUCUGCAGCACAUCCACCGGCUCAAGCACGAGCAUAUCGAGCGCAGGAGAAAGCUGUACCUGGCAGCCCUGCCGCUAGCGUUCGAGGCUCUGAUACCUAAUCUAGAUGAAAUAGACCACCUCAGCUGCAUAAAAGCCAAAAAGCUCCUAGAAACCAAGCCAGAAUUCUUGAAGUGGUUUGUUGUGCUUGAAGAGACACCGUGGGAUGCCACCAGCCACAUCGACAACAUGGAAAACGAACGGAUUCCCUUCGACCUAAUGGAUACCGUCCCUGCAGAGCAGCUGUACGAGGCCCACUUAGAGAAGCUGAGGAACGAGAGGAAAAGAGCUGAGAUGAGGAGGGCAUUUAAAGAAAACCUGGAGACUUCUCCUUUCAUAACUCCCGGGAAACCUUGGGAAGAGGCCCGAAGUUUUAUUAUGAAUGAAGAUUUCUACCAGUGGCUGGAAGAGUCUGUAUACCUGGACAUUUAUGGCAAGCACCAAAAGCAAAUUAUAGACAAAGCAAAGGAAGAGUUUCAGGAGCUGCUUUUGGAAUAUUCCGAAUUGUUUUAUGAACUAGAGCUGGAUGCUAAGCCCAGCAAGGAGAAGAUGGGUGUCAUCCAGGAUGUUCUGGGGGAGGAACAGCGAUUUAAAGCAUUACAGAAGCUCCAAGCAGAGCGCGACGCCCUCAUCCUGAAGCACAUUCAUUUCGUUUACCACCCGACGAAGGAGACGUGCCCCAGCUGCCCGUCUUGUGUCGAUGCUAAGAUUGAGCACUUGGUUAGCUCUCGGUUCAUCCGGCCAUCUGACCGGAAUCAGAAAAAUUCCCUCUCUGACCCCAACAUUGAUAGAAUCAACUUGGUUAUCUUGGGCAAAGAUGGCCUUGCCCGAGAGUUGGCCAACGAGAUCCGCGCGCUCUGUACGAAUGAUGACAAGUAUGUGAUAGACGGGAAAAUGUACGAGCUCUCCCUGAGGCCGAUAGAGGGGAACGUCAGGCUUCCUGUGAACUCCUUCCAGACGCCAACCUUCCAGCCCCAUGGCUGUCUCUGCCUUUACAACUCGAAGGAGUCGCUCUCCUAUGUAGUGGAGAGCAUAGAGAAGAGCCGAGAGUCCACCCUUGGCAGGCGGGAUAAUCACUUAGUUCAUCUGCCCCUGACGUUGAUUUUAGUUAACAAGAGAGGUGACACCAGCGGAGAGACCCUGCAUAGCUUAAUACAGCAGGGUCAGCAGAUCGCCAGCAAACUGCAGUGCGUCUUUCUCGACCCUGCAUCUGCUGGCAUCGGCUACGGACGCAACAUCAAUGAGAAGCAAAUCAGUCAGGUUUUGAAGGGGCUCCUGGACUCGAAGCGUAACUUAAACCUGGUUAGUUCUACCGCUAGCAUCAAAGACUUGGCCGAUGUGGAUCUGCGGAUCGUUAUGUGUCUGAUGUGUGGAGACCCUUUUAGUGCGGACGAUAUCCUCUUUCCUGUCCUUCAGUCCCAGACCUGUAAGUCUUCCCAUUGUGGAAGCAACAACUCAGUCUUACUUGAACUACCAAUCGGACUCCACAAGAAGCGCAUCGAACUGUCUAUCCUGUCCUACCAUUCCUCGUUCAGCAUCAGAAAGAGCCGGUUGGUCCAUGGGUACAUUGUUUUCUAUUCAGCCAAGCGUAAGGCCUCCUUGGCUAUGCUGCGUGCCUUUCUCUGUGAAGUGCAGGAUAUCAUCCCCAUUCAGCUGGUCGCACUCACUGACGGCGCUAUCGAUGUCCUGGACAAUGACUUCAGUCGGGAGCAGCUGACGGAGGGGGAGGAGAUUGCUCAAGAGAUCGACGGAAGGUUCACAAGCAUCCCCUGUAGCCAGCCCCAGCAUAAACUGGAGAUUUUUCACCCGUUUUUUAAAGAUGUGGUGGAGAAGAAGAACAUAAUCGAGGCGACUCAUAUGUACGAUAACGCUGCCGAGGCCUGUAGCACCACGGAAGAGGUGUUCAACUCCCCCCGGGCAGGGUCGCCACUCUGCAACUCCAACCUGCAGGAUUCGGAGGAGGAUAUCGAGCCCCCGUCUUACAGCCUGUUUCGAGAAGACACAGCACUGCCCUCUCUGUCCAAAGACCACUCUAAGCUCUCUAUGGAACUGGAGGGAAAUGACGGACUGUCUUUCAUCAUGAGCAAUUUUGAGAGUAAACUGAACAACAAAGUACCUCCGCCAGUCAAGCCAAAGCCUCCUGUCCAUUUCGAAAUCACCAAGGGGGAUCUGUCCUACUUAGACCAAGGCCACAGGGACGGGCAGAGGAAGUCCGUGUCUUCCAGCCCCUGGCUGCCCCAGGAUGGGUUCGAUCCCUCCGACUACGCUGAACCCAUGGAUGCUGUGGUCAAGCCGAGGAACGAAGAAGAGAACAUAUACUCUGUGCCCCAUGACAGCACCCAAGGCAAAAUCAUCACCAUCCGGAAUAUCAACAAAGCCCAGUCCAAUGGCAGCGGGAACGGCUCCGACAGCGAGAUGGACACCAGCUCCCUAGAGCGCAGCCGCAAGGUCUCCACCGUGAGUAAGCCGGUGCUAUACAGGACGAGAUGCACUCGGCUGGGGAGGUUCGCCAGUUACCGGACCAGCUUCAGCGUGGGCAGCGAUGAUGAGCUGGGGCCCAUCCGGAAGAAAGAGGAGGAUCAGGCAUCCCAGGGCUACAAAGGGGACAACGCUGUCAUUCCCUACGAGACAGACGAAGACCCGAGGAGGAGGAACAUCCUCCGCAGCCUGAGGAGGAACACUAAGAAACCAAAGCCCAAACCCCGGCCAUCCAUCACGAAGGCGACCUGGGAGAGUAACUAUUUCGGAGUGCCUUUAACAACCGUCGUGACUCCAGAGAAGCCGAUCCCCAUUUUUAUUGAAAGAUGUAUUGAGUACAUCGAAGCCACAGGCCUGAGCACCGAAGGCAUCUACCGGGUCAGCGGGAACAAGUCGGAGAUGGAGAGUCUGCAGAGGCAGUUCGACCAAGACCACAAUCUGGACUUGGCAGAGAAAGACUUCACCGUGAACACUGUGGCUGGUGCCAUGAAGAGCUUUUUCUCGGAGCUGCCAGAUCCCCUGGUCCCGUAUAACAUGCAGAUCGAUCUGGUGGAGGCACACAAAAUCAACGACCGGGAGCAGAAAUUGCAUGCCCUUAAGGAGGUAUUGAAGAGAUUCCCAAAGGAGAACCAUGAAGUCUUCAAAUACGUCAUCUCUCACCUGAACAAAGUCAGCCACAACAACAAAGUGAAUCUCAUGACCAGUGAGAACCUCUCCAUCUGCUUCUGGCCCACCCUGAUGAGGCCGGACUUCAGCACCAUGGACGCGCUCACGGCCACGCGCACCUACCAGAAUCAGCCGUCACCCCCUCAGUCGCCUCCGCCCACCCCCCAGUCUCCAAUGCAGCCCCUGCUCCCCUCCCAGCUUCAAGCCGAACACACGCUGUGAGCCACCGCGGCCUGGGGCCAGCGAUAGCCGGUCUCUGACAGGGUGGCAUUCGGCCCUGGGGCAGGAGUGUCCUCUCCUGCCUCCUUCCCAGACCUCAGUGGUGGCACUAGUCAAUGGGCUCCCGCGGGCUGGGCUGUCAGGAGCCCUGAGCCGAGCACCGAGACCUGGGCUGGCUGCCGGUGGCAGGCGCGGGGGCACAC